AUUUUUGCCCCGCGAUCGAGCGACUAAAUUGAGCAUUUGACGAAAUUUGUUUUUGAAAUCUUUCACGUUCGGAGUCGCGCGUAACUUCCUGUAUUUUAAACACGUGCGUAUGUCAUACUUUGAUAGUACGCGCGAAUUUUUUCAGAUUAAUCCGAUCAACGGAAUGCUCACGCACAUCCGGUGCGUCAAUCAGGCGGUUCGUUUCAUCAUCCAUCCCCCACCACGACCACCGCUGGCGUGUACUCCACUACUUUUCUCUGUCUUCCCCGAUUCGCAGUGCUCUCUCCCGGCAUCUCUCUUUCUCUCUCUCUCUCUUCCCUCCUGUCGGCGCGCAUCUGGUCUAGUUCGCCGAAUGUUAACCGGCUAGUACAGUCAGCCGGCAGCUCUCAUCGGACCCUGACAAGUGAUUCGACCUUUCGGGAUUCUCCAAAUGUCUCAGAAAUACUUGAGCAUACAUACGUUCGAGAUCACAGGACAGUCACGAGAAAUCGAUCUUUUUGGAGCGAAUUUCCCCGAUUGACUAGAUCCGAAGAUCGAUCUUGAGGACCUGGCGCAUCACCACGGAGUAGACACGUGGAUAGUCGGAAUGACAGCGAAACAGGAGCACCUCGUCGUUACAACACCACGCCGGCUGUCCGAACCGUUUCACGAAUUAGUAAAUUGAAAUCACCGUGUGUUAUCCGCAAGGAAUCCAGAGACGCAAACGCGUGCAUCGGCGCGAUGAUCGAGAAUUGAUUCAGUGAUCAUCGUGUGAAAGUGAAAUCUGUCAUCAAUUCGAUUAUAUGGAAUUGCCGCUGAUUGAUUACAAUCCGGCAAAAAGCUAUCGGUGAUCUCCUUCGACUGGCAUCGAAAGGAUAUAGGAUAAUUAUAGAUCUUUAUUUUGAUAGAAAAAAAUUUAUUGUAUAUAUCUAGAAAAAAGGAUAAAAAAUAUGAGAAAACCGUUCGAAUUGAAACGGAUUUUUUAUCGAGACAUUCAGAGAAUCCGAAGAGAGACUGAUAAAAUUUGGAGCAAAAUAUUUGAGCAGAUAUUUGCAAGAUGAACUUUGUGAUCAUUUCGUAGUAACAAGAUCCAUUUAUAUAGAUCACAAUAUGUAUACGAAUUCUUGACGAUAGUAGAAAUGUAUCGUAGGACACUGAGUUUUUAAUUUAAAAAUGUUGCUUUGACAUUUCAAUACUAUACUCAGGAACGAGACAGAAAAGAGAUAAAGGGAAAAGGAUAUAAAAGAAGAAAUAAGAAAGAAACACGGUUUGAUCAUUACCUGACUUUCUUUUUCGCAAGAGACCGCAGAAAUGAAUAGUACACAAGGAAACGAGCUGUGGGUAUUCGGGUACGGAUCGCUGUGCUGGUAUCCCGGUUUCUCGUACACCAAAAGCGCGACCGGCUACGUGAGGGGUUUCAGCAGGCGAUUCUGGCAGGGCAACACCACGCACCGUGGAACGAUCGAAAAGCCUGGACGAGUCGCUACCCUAAUCGAGGACAAAGAGGCAAUAGUUUACGGACGAGCAUUUCAGCUUCAGGACACCGCGGCGUUAUCCUAUUUAGAAAACCGCGAAUGCUCCUUAGGAGGAUACCUGACGACCAUCGCGACAUUUCACAGCCGGGACGGGAAUAAACAAUUCCCCGUGGUAAUUUACAUCGCCACCAGCAAAAACGAGCAGUGGCUCGGCGAGGCAUCGGUGCAGACUAUAGCGUGUCAAAUCACCGAAAGUUCCGGUCCGAGCGGACAUAACGUCGAGUACCUCUUACGCUUGGCGGAGUUUAUGCACCGUUACUUGCCGGAGGCGCACGACGAGCAUCUCUUCACGCUGGAAAUGUUGGUGCGCUCGCGAAUAAAGGAGGAGAACAUGUGCCUGGUGACGCUGAUGGGAAAUCGCGACUUCGUCAUCGACCUCGACGAGGACGCGGAAUUGGCCGUUCGCGCGGAGGAAGUUAACGAGCGGCCCCGAGAGAACUCCUUCCAAUUCAGCGCGCGGAUUCCGUCCAAGAGUUUACGUUGUGUAAAAAUGUAGACAAUUCGCACAGUUGUAUUUUUCAACUUUAAUCGCAACACCGUAUGUGCAGUAUGAUAAUGAAACAAGCGGUAAUUUAUUUUUUUUACAAAAGAAAUAAUUCGAGUACAAACUUCCGAAUGUAUAAAAGCGCGAGCUAAUAAUGAAAUCACAUUCUCGUAGAAUCUGAAUUUUGAAUUGCAGGGUCGACAAACAGUUACUUGAAGAGGAACGUAAAGAAAAGAAGCUUUACGGUCUAAAUUUAAAAAGCAGCCAGUUUGCAAAUUUCUUCGAGAAUAUGAUCUCAUUGCUGGUAUACGUUUCCUUUUGACGCUAUACAUAUAUAUGUGUUUGUGAGACGGCUGUGUUAAUUUUGUAUCAUGCAACGUGCUGGACACGUGCACACCUAGAUCGAAUUUCCUACUAUUUUAUAAGACUACUCUAUUACGUAUUAUUUUUAAUUUAAAAGGAUAUAUCUCUUAUUAUUUUAAUAUUGAGAAUUAUAAUUACAAUGCAGAUGCGGAUAAUAAUAAAAAGAUAGUCAUUUCAUUCAAAUCGCGAAAAUUCUAAAAUCUGAGACGUGAAGAUAAAAAGAAAGGCAUUUGUAAUUUAUGUGUGAAACACACUUGUCGAAGACCAUUUUCCUCUUUUAAACGUUUGACUUUAAUGACAUUCUAUAUAGUAUUGCAAAUUUAGUACAUUGAUUUAAUUCUAUACUAACAUAUUAAUUCAUAUUGUACAUAUAUUUAUUUCUUUAAAAAUUAUAUUUUUAGAGAGAAUUUAAUGUUAUAUUGUAUA